GUCAGGUCGCGCCUCCCGACUGCCCGGCUUGCAGCCCUGGGUCCACCCCGCCACCAUUGGUCGUGCCGGCCCGCGGCUUCCCCUGCCCCGAGCUGGAGCUCGGGGCUCUGCUACUCUGGCCUGGGAGGCGGGACCGGCGGCGCGGCGUCAUGCAUAUGCAUGAGCGGCGCGGCGGCGGCUCCAUUGUGCCCUCGGAACGGGCGGCGGCGCGAUGGCGCGGGCGGCGGUGGCCCCGGGGCGGCGGGCGGCGCGGAGGGCGGGCUGAGCGCAUGGAGCGGCGCGGGCCGAGGGCCGCCGCGGCAAGGGGCCGGGCUGGGCCGGGCGGAGCCAGAGCAGCUGAGUCCCAGAUAAGCACUGACAGACCCGGCCUAUAGGCUGCCCUGUCGCCAAUGAACUCCAUGAACCCCAUGAAACCUGCCUUGCCCCCCACACCACAUGGUGAUGGUUCAUUCGCAUAUGAGUCUGUGCCUUGGCAACAAAGCGCCACUCAGCCAGCUGGAUCGCUGUCUGUGGUCACUACUGUGUGGGGAGUCGGCAACGCAACACAGAGCCAGGUUUUAGGGAACCCCAUGGGCCCUGCAGGGAGCCCCUCUGGUGGCUCCAUGAUGCCUGGCGUGGCAGGUGGCAGCUCUGCCUUGACUUCCCCGCAGUGCCUAGGACAGCAGGCAUUUGCUGAAGGCAGCACCAGCAAGGGAUACGUGCAGCAAGGCGUGUACGGCCGUGGGGGCUACCCUGCGGGCCCCAGCUUCACCACUGGGUAUGCAGGUGGACCAGGAGGCCUGGGCCUUCCCUCACAUGCUGCACGACCCUCCACCGACUUUACACAAGCAGCUGCUGCUGCUGCUGUGGCUGCUGCUGCAGCCACGGCCACGGCCACAGCCACAGCCACGGUGGCUGCCCUCCAGGAAAAGCAGAGCCAGGAGCUGAGCCAGUAUGGAGCGAUGGGGGCUGGACAGUCUUUUAACAACCAGUUUUUGCAGCAUGGAGGUCCCCGGGGGCCCAGUGUCCCCGCUGGCAUAAACCCUACAGGCAUGGGAGGGGUGAUGGGUCCCUCUGGCCUCUCCCCCAUGGCCAUGAACCCCACCCGGGCAGCAGGAAUGACACCCUUGUAUGCAGGGCAACGCCUGCCCCAGCAUGGGUACUCUGGGCCUCCCCAGGCUCAGCCACUUCCCCGACAGGGGGUCAAGAGAGCCUACUCCGAGGUGUAUCCAGGGCAGCAGUACCUGCAAGGAGGCCAGUAUACGCCCAGCACUGCCCAGUUUGCGCCUGGCCCUGGGCAGCCCCCUGCCCCCUCCUACCCUGGGCAUAGGCUGCCACUGCAGCAGGGCAUGGGCCAGUCCCUGUCCAUGCCUGGCCCCGUGGGACUGCACUACAAGCCCACAGAGCAGUUCAACGGGCAGGGCACCAGCUUCAACGGGGGCAGCAUCAGCUACAGCCAGCCCAGCCUGAGUGGGGUAGGGGCCCAGAUGGGCCGGGAGGCUCAUGGGGUGGGCACACGGAGAGAGGGUACCCAGGCAGGAGGAAGGGUGGGUGCCCAACCAGGCACCUGUGGGGCUGCCUCCUACCUACCUUUGUUCUUGUGGUUCUCAGAGGCUGCUCAUGAGCAGACUCCACCCCCACCCACCCUGCCAUUCUACCUUGACUAUUUGUGCUUAAACCUACAGCCUGCCCGUUCCAUCCCGGGCUACCCCAGUUCCCCUCUGCCGGGAAAUCCCACACCACCUAUGACCCCCAGCAGCAGCGUCCCAUACAUGUCCCCAAGCCAGGAGGUCAAGUCUCCCUUCCUGCCCGACCUCAAGCCCAGCCUCAGCUCCUUGCACCCAUCGCCCUCUGUGCCUGGGAGACCAGCUUGGGCUCUGCUCCCAGGAAGUGGGCCUUGUGACGAACUGCGGCUAACCUUCCCUGUGCGGGAUGGAGUGGUCCUGGAGCCCUUCCGCCUGCAACAUAACCUGGCUGUGAGCAACCAUGUCUUCCAACUCCGAGACUCCGUCUAUAAGACCCUGAUGCUGAGACCUGACCUGGAGCUGCAGUUCAAGUGCUACCAUCAUGAGGACCGGCAGAUGAACACCAACUGGCCAGCCUCAGUGCAGGUCAGCGUCAAUGCCACACCACUUACCAUCGAGCGCGGAGACAACAAGACCUCACACAAGCCUCUCUAUCUGAAGCAUGUGUGCCAGCCGGGCCGCAAUACCAUCCAGAUCACUGUCACUGCCUGCUGCUGUUCCCACCUCUUCGUGCUGCAGCUGGUGCAUCGCCCGUCUGUGCGCUCUGUGCUGCAGGGCCUCCUUAAGAAGCGCCUCCUGCCGGCUGAGCACUGCAUCACCAAGAUAAAGCGGAACUUCAGCAGCGGCACCAUCCCUGGCACCCCUGGGCCCAACGGAGAGGACGGGGUAGAGCAGACUGCUAUCAAGGUGUCCCUGAAGUGCCCCAUCACUUUCCGCAGGAUCCAGCUUCCCGCCCGCGGUCACGACUGUCGCCACAUACAGUGCUUUGACCUGGAGUCAUACCUACAGCUCAACUGUGAGCGGGGUACCUGGAGGUGCCCUGUGUGCAACAAGACAGCAUUGCUGGAGGGCCUGGAGGUGGACCAGUACAUGCUGGGUAUCCUGAUUUACAUUCAGAACUCCGACUACGAGGAGAUCACCAUUGACCCCAUGUGCAGCUGGAAGCCGGUGCCCGUGAAGCCCGACGUGCACAUCAAAGAAGAGCCGGACGGGCCGGCUCUGAAGCGCUGCCGCACCGUGAGCCCGGCCCACGUGCUCAUGCCCAGCGUGAUGGAGAUGAUCGCAGCCCUGGGCCCUGGUGCAGCCCCCUUUGCCCCCCUACAGUCCCCCUCAGCCCCUGUCCCCAGCGACUAUCCCGGCCAGGGGUCCAGCUUCCUGGGAUCUGGUACCUUCCCUGAGUCUUUCCCACCCACCACGCCCAACACCCCAACCCUUGCUGAAUUCACCCCGGGGCCAACCUCCAUCUCCUACCAGUCUGACAUUCCCAGCAGCCUCUUGACUCCAGAGAAGUCUGCUCCCUGCCUCCCAGGCCAGAUGACACCAGCUGGUCACUUAGACCCUACCCAUAAUCCUGGGACACCAGGACUGCACACCUCCAACCUUGGGGCUCCUCCAGGUCCCCAACUGCACCAUCCAAACCCUCCCCCAGCGUCCCGGCAGCCCCUGGGCCAAGCAAGCUUAGGGCCAGCUGGCGAGCUGGCCUUCAGUCCUGCCACAGGUGUGAUGGGGCCCCCCAGCAUGUCUGGGGCAGGGGAGGCCCCAGAACCAGCUCUGGAUCUGCUCCCAGAACUGACCAACCCGGACGAGCUCCUGUCCUACUUGGGCCCACCUGACCUCCCUACAAACAGCAAUGAUGACCUGCUCUCUCUCUUUGAGAAUAACUGAUCCUGUGUUAAACUCUGGCCUGGCGGGGCCAUACUCACAGAUAUCACCACAGCCCUGCCCCUCAUGCCCAGCCCCAUGAGACACCUGGUGGUCCUCCCUGAACCUCUCCCCAACACACACCUGGAGCCUGGGCCUCCCGCCACUGCCAGCCCUGCCCAUGAACCAGAAGCAGCCUCUGCCUAGAGGGAGGGGCUCCCAGGGCAGAGCCCUUGCCACCCUCUUCCACCGGGCUCACUGCUGCAGAACCAUUCUUGCUGGGAUGCCCCUGCCCAGCCGCGUCCAUACACACGUCACAGCCCCAAUCUCACGGCCUUGCACCUCGUUCCUUCACCCCUGCCUGCUCCCACCCAGCCUGCAUAUUGUCCAGCAUUGACCCUUCUGUUUCAAUUCCUCAACCAGACAGAGCUGGCCAUGUGGUGGGGUGAGGUGACUCUGUCCCCUAGGUCCGAGGGACUGAAAGCCCCUGUGCCCAGCAGCCCAGCUCUUGGAACCCCCUGGAUGCCAGCCACCUGGGGGCUUGGGGCUCUGGCAGCCCAGCCGUGUGUGGUAUCAGGUUUCCCACCGCCCCUGAGCUCCAGCAGCCUGGCAGAGACUGCAGGCAGGGAGCUAUAAAGCACAACAAUGUACAUAGUGUAGAAACACGAACAGCUGGAAAAGGAGGGAAAAGCUAUUAAGUCAGCAUGUUCCUGUCGUACAGCCCUGCCCUGUGUGUUCUGCUCCUUCCUGUGCGCAGACCCUCAGGAGGGACCUCUCAUGAGGAGGAACAGCAAGCUUCGGCCCAACUCGGGGUGGGUGGGCUUCCAGACUCAGCUCUGUGUAAAAAUUCUCCAACGGGCUGCUCUCCCAAGUCCCCCUUUUCUGUGAAAGUGAAGAAUUAGUACAGCUGUGUUUUUUAAAGCCACUUCUCGCCUCUACCCUGCAGGCAUACCUGGGUGGGGCAGGAAGAAGCCACUGCAUCUGUUGGCUCAGGGCCCGAGCCCGUGUGAGCAGGGCCCUGGGCCCCGUCGUGUCUCCUGUCUGUGCUGAUCUCUAUUAAAGGACUCCCUCUUG